AUGAUGAAUUAAAUGUUUUUACUGCUACUGAAGGUAUGUUAAGUGAAGGCUUCAUCUGUGGAUUUCCUUACUGGAAUGAAAUUGAAAAUGAAAACAAUACAAGACAGCAUGAGCAGAAGCAACAUAACCAAUCUGAGGAUAACAUGGCUCAAGAGCUGACUUCUGUCAGCAAUUUUCAGAAUUUGUCUCAGGCUGAUAUUCCUAAUGGGGCUCUGUCACUUCUUCAAAAGUGCAAGUCUAUUUACAGACCCUUCAGACUGAGUGCAAAGGAAAAAAUAACGACACCAUUGGUACAGCCCUCACAGGCCACAACAAUCACAAGGCAAAAGUCCCUUGUUGUAGAUAUCCCAGGGAGCUCCAGUGUGAGUAAGGAAAUGUAUUUGGUUCCCUCGUGUUGUAAAAGUAUCUGUGAUAAUUAUAAUGACCUCCAGAUUGCAGGAGAUCAAGUGCUUCCAAUUAGUUUGGAACUAUCUGGCCUGACAUCGCAGGACAGCUAUAAUAUAAAUAUGGUCCCAUUCUUGUAUUCUUCAGAAAUUACGCUGCCAAUGGAGUCCCCCAAACUAUCAGCAGAGUUCCAAAACAAGCCAGCCAAUAGCGACACAUCCUGUUGGCGUGUGUGCAGUGCUAGAGACAAGAGCAUUAUUCAGCAUUCUCAGCCACUUACCAAUUCAGAACUCAAUGACUAUCUUGAGCAGAAAGUUCUGGAACUGUACAAGCAAUACAUGAUGGAUAGCAUGGUGAGCAACGCAUCCCCAACAAAAAUCAUGGAAUCAGAACUUGUAAUGAGUAAUGUCGAUCAGAUUAGCCUGAUACUAUCACGAGAACAGAAUAUGGAAACUACAAAGGUGAAGGACAUGGUUAUCAGUUGCCUGUUACGUGUUGCGAGUGAGAUACAAUCAAAUGAACUCAGUACACCAAAUCUACAGAUAUCUGCUUGAAAGAGAAGUUUUAUCCAAGUUUUUCGAUAUUUUAGGGAUAACUUAUUAAAAAUGAGUUACUUUUGAAUAGAUUUGCCAUAUCCAUGAUUGAACAGAGAGCAGGAUGGGGAUAAAGAGGUCCUUGAGACAGUGAGUUAUAGAAUCAUAGAAAAUAGGAGUAGGAGUAGGAGUAGGUCUUUUGGUCCUUUGACCUUUCUCCACCAUUCAUUAUGAUCAUGGGUGAUCACUCAAUUCAGUACCCUGUUCCUGCUUUCUCCACAUACCCUAUGAUCUCUUUAGUCCUAAGAACUAUAUCUAACUCCUUCUUAAAAACAUUUAAUGUUUUGGCCUCAACCCCUUUCUGUGGCAGAGAAUUCCAGAGGAUCGCCAUUUUCUGGGUGAAGAAAUUUAUCUUUUUCUCAGUUUUAAUUGGCCAACACAACACUUAGACAAUGAUGCCUGGUUCUGGACUGCCUAGUCAUGCAAACAUCCUUCCUGUGUUUAAACUGUCUAGUCCUGAAGGAUUUUAUAGGAUUCUAUGAGAUCUCCGAGUUAAAAAGUGAGGUCUGCAGAUGCUGGAGACCAGAGCUGAAAAUGUGUUGCUGGUUAAAGUGCAACAGGUCAGGCAGCAUCCAUGGAACAGGAUCCAUGGAUCCCAUCCAUGGAGAUGAUAGGUGGAACUGAUUUCUCCAGUUUCCUCAUUUCCCCUCCCCCUACCUUCUCUCAGUCGAUUCCCUCGAACCGCCCUCCUAACCUGCAAUUUUCUUCCUGACCUCUCAGCCCCCACCCCACUCCGGCCUAUCACCCUCACCUUGACCUCCUUCCACCUAUCACAUCUCAAUCGCCCCUCCCCAAAGUCCCUCCUCCCUACCUUUUAGCUUAGCCUGCUGGACACUUUCCUCAUUCCUGAUGAAGGGCUUUUGCCUGAAACGUCAAAUUUCCUGUUCCUUGGAUGCUGCCUAACCUGCUGCGCUUUAACCAGCAACACAUUUUCAGCUCUAUGAGAUCUCCCCUCAUUAUUCUAAACUCCAGAGAAUAUAAUCUGAACCAAUCCAAUGUGUCUUCAUAUGUCAGUCCUGACAUUCCAGGAAUCAGUCUGGCAAACUUGUUGUGCUUUUUCCUUGUUAUGGUUUGCAUUCUGUCCUGCUGUUGAAAUUGUUUGAAGAUGUUACAUUAAAAUUAUUUGCACUUAUGUAGUCUCCAAAUUUCCCAAGUUGCUUCACAGAAAUAUCAUGGAACAAUAUUUGACUUCAAGCCACAAAAGCAGAUAUUAGGACAGGUGACCAAAAAAAAUGAUGAAAGAGUUCAUUUUAAUGUAUACCUUUAAGAAGGACAGACAGAAUAAGAAUUCCAGAGCUGAGGGCCUCAGCAGCUGAAAAUACAAUCACAGAGGCAGGCUCAUUAAAAUUGUGAAUGCAGAAGUUGCCAGAAUUGGAGGAAUAUUGUGAUCUCAGAGGAUUGUAAGCUCGGAGAAGAAUGAGGAAUGGCUGAGGCCAUGAAAAAACUUGAAAACAAGAAUGAGAAUUUUAAGAUCAAGAUUUUCCCAGACUGUUUUCCAAUGUAGAUCAUCAAGCCCAAGGGUGAUGGGUGAAUGACAUUGGUGUCAGUUAGACUACAGGUACUUCCUGUUCUGGUUGAAUUUAUGUUUAUAAAAGACAGUGAGCUAAAAGUGCAUUGAAAUAGGAAAAUCUAAUAGUAAACAAAUGCUGGAUGAAGAUUUAAACGGUAAAUGAAUUGAGUUUAGAUCAGAGUGGUGCUGGAAAAGCACAGCAGGUCAGGCAGCAUCUGAGGAGCAGGAAAAUCGACGAUUCAGGCAAAAGCCCUUCAUCAAGAUUGAAACUCCGAUUUUUCUGCUCCACGGAUGAUGCCUGACCUGCUGUGCUUUUCUAGCACCACUCUGAUCUUAACUCUGGUUUCCAGCAUUUGCAGUCCUCACUUUUGCCUGGUAAAUGAAUUGAGACUGGGAAAGAAUUAUGUACUGUUACAAAGAGGAAAAUAGACAGUCUUAGUGUGGUGUGGAUAUUCAGGACUAAACUCAUCCUUGAGUCCUUCACCAAGCUGGUGAAGAGUUUCCUUCAGCAUUAGACAGUUUUCAUGGGGAAGGAUGGCAUUGGUAGCUAGAAAAUAUUCCUUUGUUCAGGUAAACAUUUAUCCCAUUACCAAUGCCUACAAACAAAUUGUCUGGUCACUUAUUUCAAUUUUUUUCAAGGAAUAACGCUGUGAGCUGCCACCUUUUUAAAUGGCUGCUGAUUCCUCAGACAACUCACUUACACUGGACAUGACAUUACAAUGCUGAAACAAUUUUGUGCAUGUCCUGCAAUGGCAAAAUAUGUUGCUUUGUUGGCAGCCACCAAAACUGCACUUAAUUCACAGACUGGAAAAACGACUAUUAGACAUUGUAUAACUUUAAAGCAAUGAAAACUUUAUGUUCUUAAAAAAUGGAGUCCUGUAUAUUGGCUGUUACAAUAAACAAUUCUCAUUUAACAGA